UAAGUACUCAGUAGUUUUCAGGACGGUUCGGAGUACUGUUGGCCCGCUGAUUGAUCCGCGCGCGUUUCGUUUCAACCGUUCGCCUUCCGCAUCGAAAUCAUCGUUGUACACGCGCGCAAAAGUCACGGUGAUGAAAUGAACCGAUCCAUUUCGCGCGGCGAUCUUUCCUCCUGAAACAGACGUUGGCGCGUCGCUACGUUUCGUCCAAUGAAAAUGUGAAUUCCAUGGAUAUCAAGGUGUUGGAUAGCAGAAGAGAACAUGGCGAAACGAGCAACGGCACUCGGUGUCUCGCUUCCUUUGCUGGCGGUGCUCUUCGGGAUCCUGUCGGGCUCGGUCUGCCAAAGCGUUUGUCCCUCGAACUGCGUGUGCCAGUACAGCCUACAGCCGCGAACUGUCAUGUGCUCGAAGCGAAAUCUGGCAACGUUCCCGGAGAAUAUUAGCGACUUAGUGGAGGAAUUAAAUUUAUCGAACAACCUGUUGACGCACGUAACCAAUGAUAUUAAUCGACUGAUAGAUCUACAGUACCUGAACUUAGCGAGAAACCAGUUGAGCUCGCUGCCCAGCGACAUCAGCGGCCUGACCAAGUUAAAGAAGUUCGACCUCACUGGGAACAGAAUACACAGUAUCGGUGAUAUUAGCUCCGUGAAGCAACUGACGUCUCUGAUGUACCUGUACUUGGCCAGGAAUCCGAUCGAGAGUUUAGAGGGAUUAAUAAACCUCAACGUCCAGGUUCUAGACGUUAGUCAAUGCGAAAUACAGCAACUAAGCAAGUUUUCUCUGGUCGAUCUACAAGCAGUAAUUUCGCUAAGCUUGGCAGGAAACCCUUUGAAAUUCAUUCAGGAAGCAUCGAGUCCUAACCUAGGCUGGCUCGAUCUGUCAGACUGCCAGUUGAAUUAUUUGAGUCCCUAUACUUUCAACGGAUUUCCAAAACUUCAAGAGCUUCGAAUGUCCAACAAUCCGAAAUUAGUCUAUAGCACAAGAAACUCAACAUUGACCCACGACAAGCUGAAGAAACUUAUCGCGUCAAGAUGCAAUCUGGACAGGCCAGGCCUGCACGGAUUUCCGUCGUUGACGCAUGCCCGAUUAACCGGUAACAUGAUCAAUUUAUUGCCGGAUCGUAUUUUCGCGAAGAACCGGGAGCUUGGUUUUUUAUACCUGAACGGGAACGGCGUGGAAAACUUAAACUCCAGCACCUUCGAUGGUUUGGUGAAGCUUCAGGUGCUGGACCUGUCCGAGAAUAAUCUCAGAGAGGUUCACCCGAUGACGUUCCACGAUAACGUCGAGCUGAAGCAGCUCAACCUGUCCUAUAACAUCCUGUACGAAGUCCCGAAGCUCGUGUCAGGGAUCAUGCAUCUGGACAUAUCGUCGAAUGCAAUUGGAAAGCUGGACGAAAACUUCCUGACGGACAUGCCGAAGAUUCGGAGCGUCGUACUGAGCGAUAACAAAUUGGAAACGAUACCGAGCAACAUCAGAUCCAUCUCGCUGAGGAACCUGGAUCUAAAAAGGAACCGGCUCGUGCAAUUGAAUAAUGACACCUUCGAGCAAUUACCGCAACUCAUACGAGUGGAUCUGUCAGGUAACCGUUUGACCGAAGCUUUGGAUCCUGCAAUUUUUCGGAACAACGCGGAGCUGAACAUCAUCAAGUUGGACGACAAUCCGUGGCGUUGCGACUGCAAAGAAUUGUUCGUUCUAUACAGCUUUUUAACACUGCCACCUGCCAAAACAUCCGAGUCGAAUUUACUCUGCCAGAGCCCUUCGAACGUUUCCGGAUAUACUUGGGAGUCUGCCUGCUACGAUUUGUGGCACGGAUCGGUUUACCAUAGUCGAGACAGAACCUGGGGCUUUGUGAUGGUCACCCUUCUUGCUAUCAUCGUACUGUUCGGAAGUUUCGUCACUAUUCGACACAUGAUGCGCAUAAAAAGAAGGGCAAUAGAGCAAAGGCUCCAAGAGGAAUCGAUGAGACCGCUGCGGCGACGAACCCGCAUCGCGCACGAGGAAGAGAGCAUCGAGCGCGUGGAGCGCGCAGAUCCCAGAAUCAACCCCAUGGAGUUGAUUGGGCCGCCUAGUUACGAGGAGGCGAUACAAAUGCCGAGGAUGGCUCGUUCCUUGGGCAACCUGGACGAGAUUUCAGUGGACAGAUCGACCACCCGGAUCGCCGGCUCCGCGGACAAUUUGAGGAUCAGACAGAAGCGGACGAGAAGGUUGAAGAAGCGUAUCCAAAGCGAGGACGACUUGCUCCGAAGGGAAGAGCGCCGGAUCGAGCGAUUGAAGAGGGCCGUCGGUAACGGCAGGCCGGAGUUACCAGCGGCUGAUAGCCAGCGGACUUCCAGGCCUUCGUCGGCGAACAGAUCCAGAAGACACAGCGUGAUCAGCGACAGCGUCGAGUCCGGAAGCGGAAGACUCCGGACUAGGCCGCAAACGCCCAGCGCGAGGAAAAAGAGGCGAAGACGCACGGUUUACGACGGCCACUCGACGGAUGACGAGGACUCGGACAUACAGCGUAUUCACUUGUCCAGGUCCAUCGUCAUCAGGGAGCUGCGAAAGGAGCCGAAGAGCGGCUACAGAGAUUCCUCCGCGGAUGUUGAAUCGGAUCGUCUCUGAUCACGGUCUCGGCGGAGCUAGUUAAUAAAAUGCGAGAGAACGCUCUCAAUGCUUAUUAGCAUUUCAUUAUCUCUGCGCUCGCGCGCGUAACGCGGCGAUGUUUCUUCAAUACAUUCGUAAUCUUCUUUUUUUGCCCGCGGAAACACGCCUGAUAGAAGGAGCGCGGGAUCAAGGAUGGAAGAUCGGCACGGAGAAGCUUGCCGUUAAAAGUGCUUCGAAAGACAAUCUUGUUUCAAUUAACGAUUUACUUUAUCGACGGGUGCUUAAUUAUCUGGUUGCGAGGCUGGCUUCAUCUUUUGUCUGUGUAUCGAGUUUAAGUGCACCUUUUUUGGAGCGUUUCCGCGUUGUAGAUGGAUUCUUAAUGAUCAUCGAAUGACCUCGCCAGUUUUUCGGAUAUCAGCCGAUCAUCGACGCUUCUCUUAAUAUUUUUUCUUUUUUUUUUUUUGAAGCAAAGCCGAACUUAUGAGCGAGAUGUUACUCGAUGAACAGACUGCGGAUUUUGUGCGCUUAUCGCAAAAAUGAUUGGCUGAAAUAUGAAGUUGUGAAAAGACGUGAAGCGAAUUUAAUGAUAUCGUUGCAUUAUUUUCAACGUCUCAAAACGGCUGAAGGGAACGAUUUAUUUUGAUUUUCUAUUUCUUAGGAUCGUCUUCGGAGAUUUUGAUCUUGCAUACAGAUCUGCGGUCACAACUGAGAAAUAACUGCUGGAUAAAUAUGAGUAUCUUCCGUUUCGGAUUUGCGUUGGAAAUGAACAAAUCUUGAUGUACCAUACGGAAAGUAUAAUUCAAUAUUUGUCAGCCACAAAAAUUUUUUACUAUGGAAUUAUGCUAAGGACAAUGAUAUUUCCAUGUGCUUUGAUGCAAUAAUUACACGAUUAUGUGCGAGCUUCCUUGUAUACAGCAAAUUGGAACAAUAGUAAAUUAUUUUUCAUUAUUUUCUGUGCAAUUUAAAGACACUGCUGUAUUUUACAUUCAAUUCACUAAAAUCGUUAAAAAGGAAAAUGAAUGUCUACGUAGCCUUCUGCAUCGUGCAAUCAACGUAAACAAUUUUGAUUUAUAUCAUAAACAUCCGCCGUCUAUUUAAUUAAAGUUCAUCGAGUUAUAGAUCACGCAAGCAUGAAAUAUAUCGAUUCGAUCGAAUUAUGCGUAUUUGAUGGUAGGAGGUAUAAUUCUCGCACAAUUUGAUUUAUCUAGUCAAGAUUAUGAUAAAUCACUUUAUCUUGACUUUCAAAUGUGAUGAAUUCGCUUCUGCAGAGAUUGCCAUAAUUUGCAGAUAAAGAAAACGAGCCUUUCGUUUCAUUGCGGAACUGAUAUUGACUCAUAUUGACUUAUUGAAUACGAGUUGGUUAUUUUUUCGCGGUGUAAUUUGUUUGCCUCGAUCGCUUUGAUUGGCAGAUAAUUGCUUCGCGACAGUUAUAAUUCGAGAAAUAAUUAAGUACUAAUGGCCUCUGAUUUACUCUGUGCGAGGAGUCACGAUCAUGAUUAAGCACUAUCCAGUGCACUAUCAGGAACACUUAGUUUACAAGGCGUGCCAUAUCGACGAUGUCGACGGAAAUUUUUGAAAUCUUAUACGCUCACCGAUUCUCGUGAUUCUGAUAUGUCAAGUGAAUCUUUAGAUUGCAAAUCGAUAUCAACGGAAGCUAACCGAUCAAUUAAUCAAAUCGAAGAAAAUGCUAUUACAUAAAACACUUUGGAAGAUUAUAUAUAUAGAUUUCACAACAUUUAUAUUUUAAAUUAACUUAGAAGCAUGACAUAUUUUUAUAUUUAAACGAACUGCAACCGCAAAACGUGUUUGACUUUCGUUUCAUCGAUCGUGUGACAUUUACAUUGAUUCAAUAAAACUUGAUAUUUCAUGCCAUCCCAUUGUUAUCUGAUUUUAUAAUUUUCUAUGGAUAAGUUUAGGACUUCAAAAUAUUUUAUCCGUUAUCACCGGAGCAUAUUAAGUUCGAUGAAACUGCGAACAAUGUAAUCAACAAGUACGCUAGAUUGAUUAGUGAAUCACUUAACAAAUAUGUUAUGCGAACAACUCAUUAAUAUAAAUAGCAAAGCUAUCAAAUAAAAUGUAUAGAAAUGAAGACGUAAUAUAACAUACAUACCUUCAUUGUUCA